AUGUUUGGCUCUGGUGACAAGGACAAUCGGUACUUUGGUCUCCGAGGAGGAUGGCUCACCUUCUGGGAUACGGGAAGAAGAACACUGACUGUCGCCUGUGGUACCGAUAUGACUUUAUUCGGCUAUGAUCAGGGUGUUUUUGGAGGCGUGGUUGUAACGGACGACUUUCUCGAUACUCUCAACCUGCGGAACAACAGUUCUCUCCUCGGCACAGUAACAGCGAUAUACAACAUUGGCUGCUUCUUCGGCGCCAUCCUGGCCUACUUCAUUGGAGACAUUCUUGGACGAAAGCGAACGAUCCUUCUCGGUACCACCGUCAUGUCUAUCGGCGCCAUCCUUCAGAUCACAGCCUAUGGAGUGCCUCAGAUGAUUGUUGGCCGCAUCGUAGCUGGCGUAGGCAACGGUCUCAACAACUCCACCGCCCCACCUUGGCAAGCAGAAACGAGUAAAGCUGCGUGGAGAGGAAAGCUCAUUGUAAUUGAACUCAUCCUCAACAUCGCCGGCUUCUCCCUCAGCAACUGGGUCACAUAUGGCUUCUCCUUCGCCGGCGGAGCUGUGGCAUGGCGCAUCCCGCUCGCGCUGCAGUUCAUAUUCAUUGUCAUUCUUUAUGCCACGGUGCCUUGGUUGCCGGAGUCGCCCAGGUGGUUGGUGCAGAAGGAUAAGGUCGAGGAAGCGGAACAAAUCUUGGCUGAUAUUGAAGGCUCUGAGAUUGAGGAUCCAUACGUCCAGACUGAGCUUAACGAGAUCAAGUUCACGACUGCCUAUGAAAGAGAGAACAGUUCCCGCAUUCGCGAUCUGGUCCGUGGGAGGAGGCAUCUCAAGCUGGAACUUCUCUCCGGAAUCAACGUAACAUCCUACUACCUCCCCACCGUCCUGAUCGAAUCCGUCGGCCUCAGCAACACCCUGGCCCGCCUCCUCGCUGCCUGCAACAGCGUCUCAUACCUCCUCUUCUCCCUCAUCGGAAUUCCCAACGUUGAGCGUUGGGGCCGCAGGAAGAUGAUGAUGUAUGCCGCUGCUGGUCAAUGUUUCUGCUACCUGCUCAUUACGAUCCUGCUCCGCUUGAGCGAGAAGGAAGGCUUUUCAGAACAAGACAAGGUCGCGAGCGCUAGUGUGGCCUUCUUCCUCUGCUACGUCUUCUUCGGGAUUGGAUUCCAGGGUGUGCCGUGGUUAUUCCCUGCCGAAAUCAACUCUUUCUCCAUGCGCUCCAAAGGCGCCGCCCUCGGCACCGCCACCAACUGGAUCUCCAACUUCAUGGUCGUCGAAAUCACGCCCAUCGGAAUCCGCACUUUACGCUGGAAAUUCUACAUCAUCUGGACCACCUUCAACUUCUCCUUCGUCCCUAUCGUCUACUUCCUCUACCCAGAAACAGCCGGCAGAACGCUCGAAGAUAUCGACAUGUACUUCCGCGACAAUCAUAAUGUUCUGGUCUUUAGGGAUAAGACGGCGACGAGCUCGAAGCGGCCGGUGGAGUAUAUUGAGAGGGAGGAGAGUGCGGUAAGGAGGGCGAGUAGUGUAGAUCCGAGGGCGGCGAGUUUGGCGGCGAUGCAUAGUAGGGGGAAGGCGAUGGGGGUUGAGGUGGAGGAGGGGAGGGUUAGUAGUGAGCUGCAGAAGACGGAUGAGAGUUGGUUGCAUAAGGAGAAUGUUUGA